CACAGCUUCCCUCCGGCGGCGCAGGUCCGAGUCUUGGACUUGCAGGGCGUCCAGUCUUCCCUGGCCGUCCGCUUUCUGGAGGGCGUUGAACGUUUCGCAACUGGGACUGUACUUACCUCUUCCGGAGCCAGCGCCAUGCUGGGCCCGUAUAGAUUGUUGGGGUCACUGAGGAGAGCAACCACACCUGAAAGCCUGGGGCCCCGCUACAUCGAAUCCUUCUGUGCCCAGGAUUAACAGCAGAGCCUCCUUUUGGCAGUUUUCAGAGAGAAAAAAAUCCAUCUUCCUAGAACAUGGCAGGGAAGAAAGUGCUCAUCGUCUAUGCACACCAAGAACCCAGGUCUUUCAAUGCAUCCUUGAAGAGAGUGGCGGUGGAUGAACUGAGCCAGCAGGGCUGCACCGUCACCGUUUCUGAUCUCUAUGCCAUGGACUUUGAGCCGAGGGCCACGAGGAAGGAUAUCACUGGUGCUCUCUCUAAUCCUGAGUUCUUCAGUUAUGGGGUGGAGGCAUAUGAAGCCUGCAAGAAGAGGUCUCUGACCAGCGACAUAAUUGACGAGCAGAAAAAGGUGCAGGAAGCUGAUCUAGUGAUACUUCAGUUCCCGCUGUACUGGUUCAGCGUGCCGGCCAUCCUGAAGGGCUGGAUGGACAGAGUGCUGUGCCAGGGCUUUGCCUUCGACAUCCCAGGGUUCUACGACUCCGGCUUCCUGAAGGAUAAAUUGGCCCUGCUUUCGCUCACCACGGGCAGCACGGCCGAGAUGUACACAAAAACCGGAGUCAGCGGAGAUUUUCGAUACUUCCUGUGGCCCCUCCAGCAUGGUACACUGCACUUCUGUGGAUUUAAAGUCCUUGCCCCUCAGAUCAGUUUUGCUCCUGAGAUUGCAUCAGAAGAAGAAAGAAAGGGGAUGGUGGCAUCCUGGGCUGAGAGACUGAAAACCAUCUGGAAUGAAGAGCCCAUCCCCUGCACUCCUGAUUGGUACUUCGGGCAAUAACACUCUGUGCCACGUACCCAUCACAUGAGCAACACACGAGGAGACACAAGCACGUGCAAAGAGAAGAUGAAGCUGUGACCUGAUGAAAUGACUACAGAGUUACCUGGAUAUAUUCACCAAUGUGCACGAGAGAGUGUCUUCAGGGUUUCAUAUUGCCAGUCCAGUAUUUCAGGGAUCAGCUAGUUCUAUUGAAUCUAUUCUGACUGAUACCAUUAUUCACCCAGCCUUUCUUUUCUUUUCUAAUAUCUUUCCAUCUCUAUUUUCAACCUUCUUGGGUAAUGUUGUUUUCAGAUAGCUCUCUUGGCAUGAAGCUGGAUUUGUUCGGUUUUUGUUUCAUUUCAUAACUCAUCUUGAGAGUUUCUAUUUUUUAUAGAAAAGUUGAAUCUUUUCAUAGCUAGUGUUUUAGUCCUGUGUUUGAACUUACUUCUUCCAUCUUCUUUUUUUUUUUACUUGCAUUAUGACUAUGAAGUUUUAAUUGAACAGCCGUUUAACAUAUGUUUUAAAUCACUGAGUGCCAAUUACAAUGAAAAUUUCCAAGCA